AUGUUGGUUCUUCUUCGCAGCAAAAAGCCGAGUCGUAUCUAUCGGACACGCCCUUUCUACCCCCUCUUCGUUCUUCGAAUAUCUGUAAUACUCUCCGCAGUUGAAAACAAAAUCUGCUAUCUAUCUAUCUAUCUAUCUAUCUAUCUAUCUAUCUAUCUAUUAAACAAAAUCUAUCUAUCUAUCUAUCUAUCUAUCUAUCUAUCUAUAGAAAACAAAAUCUGCUAUCUAUCUAUCUAUCUAUCUAUCUGUCUAUCUAUUAAACAAAAUCUGCUAUCUAUCUAUCUAUCUAUCUAUCUAUCUAUCUAUCUAUCUAUAUAUCUAUCUCAGCAGAUUGUACAUUGUCCUCCUCCCUCUUCUCUCACCCCUGUCUUCUCUCGUUUCCUCUAUUUCUCUUCAUUCAACUUCAAGACUCUGUCUCUUUCUCUCUGUCCUCCUCUCUUCUCUCACCCUGUCUUCUCUCGCUCUCACACUCUCUAUUUCUCUCUAUUCCUUCCUCUCUUUCCUCCUCUCUUCUCUCACCCUGUCCUCUCUCGCUCUCACACUCUCUAUUUCUCUCUAUUCCUUCCUUCUCUCUUUCUUCCUCCCCUCUCUUCUCUCUCUAUUCCCCUGUCUUCUCUCUAUUUCUCUCUUCCACUCUCUAUUUCUCUCUAUUCCUUCCUCUCUUUCCUCCUCUCUUCUCUCACCCUGUCUUCUCUCGCUCUCACACUCUCUAUUUCUCUCUAUUCCUUCCUCUCUUCCAUUUCUUUUUUAUGGCUUUCAUCUUCCAUUUCAAUUCUUCGUUGUUCCUCUUCUUCUUCUUCUUCUUCUUCUUCUUCUUCUUCCACUUCUUCUUCUUCUUUUUCUAUGGGCCGUGUUCUUCUUCUUCUACCAUUUCUUUCUUUCUUUCUUUCUUUCUUUCUUUCUUUCUUUCUUUCUUUCUUGUCGUUUCCUUUUUUCCUUCCCUUCUUUUUCUUUCUUCUUUAUUACUUUGAUUUUCCCUUUUUAUUCUUUGUUGGUUCUUCUGCUUUUUCCACUAUUUCUUUCUUUCUUUCUUUCUUUCUUUCUUUCUUUCUUUCUUCGUUGUUGUUUCGUCUUCUUUCCCUUUCCUCUACUUCUUCUUUUUUUUACCAUUUUCAUUUUCCCUUUUUAUUCCUCGUUCUUCUUACUUCUUCUACCGUUUCUUCUUUCUUUCUUUUUUUCUUUCUUCGUUGUCGUUUCAUCGUCUUUCUAUUUCCCUUUCUUUUUCUUUAUUCUUUUUUCGCUUUCCUUUUUCUUCUUUAUUGUUUGUUUUUUUCUUAA